UAAGGGGCCUUGACUUUGCUUAAUGACUACAUUAUUAUGUGGUCUCAUUUGACUGUUUUCCUUUGUUUCUGCAUUUUCUCACUUCUCCGAUUAAACUUAUCAGAGAAAUAAGAAACUUAAAGUUUUUCCACAGACAAAAGGCAGAUGGAGGACGCGAGCAAGGACCUUAGGGUACUGCUCCAUUUCAGCUGUACCUGUAACUGUGCCCAAAGCAUAUUACUCACUAAACUAAUUCUACCACGUGGAAUUUAAUUUUCACAUUUCAUAUUUGAAUAUUUAAGAUAAGUUAUUUUGGUAACUAGAAAAAUAUAGGUGAAUCUGUUUAUAAUUUCCAAAUAGAGAAAACCUCGUGAAGCAUAAAAGCAGUGGAAGAAACUUAAAAGAAAAAAUUUAGGAAAUUUACAAUCAUAAACAGUUCAAGCGCCACUGUCCUUAAUAGUCAACAAAUGGAAACAGCUCAAUGUCCACGUACAGUUAAAAAAACAAUUAUGGCAUUUCAAAUAAGGAAACACAAUUAGGAUGCAUGCAUUACGACUACAUGGAAAAUAUACAUGAACCUCAGAAACGUAAUAUUCAGUGAGAAAAACCGGGCACUUGUUGAAUGAUUUGCUAUGUAAGAUUUAAAAAACAGCAAAGUUACUCUGUGGGUUAGAAGCAGAGUUGUUACCUCUGGACAGGUAAAUGAAGGAAUUCCUGGGGUGUUGGUAAUAUUCUUUUCUUGAGUCUUAGUGCUGGUUCCCUAGGUGUUGUUACUGAAAAUUUUCAUUGGGACGUGCAUGUAGAAUUUGUGAAUUUUUCUGUAUUUAUGUCAUAAUUAAUAAAAAUUGUGAAAUAAUUCCUGAACAUGCAAACAUUUUGUGAGACCAGACAACCAAAAUCUUGCCAUUUAUAGAAAAUGCAAAACAUUUAGUCAUAAUUAGCAAAAGUUUAAAAAUGCAGAAUGCUCAAUGUUAGAAAGAGUAGGAUGAAAAAAACAUUCUCAUAUAUUUUUGUGGAAAUGGAAAUCAUUUCCAAUCUUCUUUAUAGCAAUAUUGAUACAGGAUCAAUAGUCUUAAAAAUCGUUACGUCCUAUUAUCCUGUAAUUUCAUUUCUAGGAAGCUUCUCAACUCCUUUCAAUUAACUCAGUCUUCUGUAAUUUAAAUUUUACAUUCAUUCCAGUUUUUUUAAACUAACAUUUUUUUUCCACGUCCAUACAAUUGGAUUAUUUUUCUACAGUUAAAACAUCUAUUUACAUAUCUGUGGGAAUAUGAAUCUGAGAUUUUCUCUCAUUUUAAAAAUGAUUUCCCUGGCAUUUGGUCAAGCACGUUGUUGCAAAUAAGAAUAAUCUACUUCUGACCAGUUUAUGCAUAAUAUGAUUAUGAUUGAUACGAUUCAAGAAAUCAGAAGAAAUUGUCAUACCUUCCUGAAGAACUAGAACCAAAGGGUAUGAAGCCAUUAGGGAUUCACAUAUUUUUUCAAUUUUUUUCUCUCUCUCUCUUGUCUUGGAUUUUCGUGGUCUCUCAUUUCUGUGUUCUUUAUGUGAAGAAGACAUUCUUUUUUGUGUCUCUGAAGACUAGCUGUGCUUCAGCAUGAUUGUAGUCAGACACUAAAUCCAAAUGAAAUUAGUUCAAAUAACAAACAGAGAUAGGCUGGUGUUGUUGAAUUCACAUGAAAACUCCAGGGAGAGAAACUGAAGGGUAUAGGUUAGGUCAUCUAGCUUCUGUGAGCAGUCAACUUACAGUCAAGGGAAAAUGGUCAUGGAGUAUAAGCACGGCACAUAGAACCUUGUAGCAUCCUUGAAAGGAGGAGAUAGACAUGGAAAAAAAAUCUAUUAAACUUGCUAUAGCUUGAAUUAUCCCUAAAGGGCAUGUUAAUGUCUUAACCCCCAUUACUUCAAAAUGUAACAUUUUUUUGGAAAUAGGGUCAUUGUACAUAUAAUUAAUUAUAUUCAGACACUGGAGUGGUGUGUGUCCUUAAUCUAAUAAAACUGGUGUCCUUAUAAGAAGAAGAAAGAUACGGAGUGAAAUGGCCAUGUGAUGACAGAGGCUGAGUUUGGAGUGAAGUAAGCCAAGGAAUGGCAAAGAUUUUCAGCAAACACCAUGAUCUAGAAGCUACAAGGAAGGAUUCUCACCUACAGUCUCCAGAGGGAGUAUGGCAGUGUUUAAUUUGACUCAACAUGGGAAGUGCUUCUUCAUUUCCAACUGACAACCCUCUAGGGAAUAUUUUGGCGGACUGGUCAACCUAUAAUUAUAAACCUAUAAAUAAGGAAAAAAUAAUUUAACACUGUGGUCACGAUAUACUUUAGACUCUGGAGAAAAUUUGUUGAGAUGAAACUCUUUGGAAAUUCCAAAACUGGCCCUUUUCCCAUGUGCAGUUAUAGAAAGUUGGCUUGAUAAAAUACUUUUUUCAGAACACUAACCCUGAGAGAACAAAAAUAUUCUUCGGAGAAAACUUGAAGUUAACUCUUAUCAUGUCCUUGAAGUAAAAACACAGCCCACUUUGCCUGGGACUUCAGCCUUGGGUUAAUUAGAACUUCAAGCCAAGGGAGGAAAAAAGGUAAGAAAAAGAAGCCUUUUAAAAUCAAAUGUGUAAAUUUGACUAUUCUGUUAUAUGUAAACUGGUAUGUUUAAUUGCAAUGGCUGAUUCAUGAACUAUAAAAAGAUGAAACAAAGAGAUCUCUGUUUGUUUGGAUGUAUGUAUGUCUCAGUAUGUGUCUUUGUCUUUGGAUAAUAUUGCUGAGGUUAAUUUUAAAAUGAGCUUUAUUUAAUUGGCUUAAAGAAAGGUAAGUGCUUACAAAUGAAACAAAUCUGAAUUUACCUACUUUUAUCUUCUUGCAAGAGGGAAACUAAAGAUGUUUGUGUUUAUUAGACACAUGUCUUGUGCCACUUUGAGAAAAGAAAUUGUGCUUUGGGAAAAUGCAUGUUUUUAGAGGUUAUAGAAUAUGUUCUUAAAUUUGCAAAUCAGAGAAUGCCAAUAUGACAAACAAUUCACAAUUGCUUUCUUCUUAGUUCUCACUAGAAAACAAGGUGUUUUUUUUUAAAGGUUAAAAAUUAUAAUAUGUAAUUAAAACUACUAAAAUGAUAUAGGAAACAUUUCAAUGUGUAAUGCAAGUAGGAGAUACAUUGCCAGCGAGAGAAGAUAUAAAGACUGGAAAUAUUUUUGUUGAGGAAAAUAAUGAUGCCAAUAAUUUUGUCCUACAGUUGGCUCUUUCUGGAUGGAAAAAAUAAGGGACAAAUUAAUAUGAAUCCAGAAAGUGAUGAAAGGGUUGUGAAAAAGGCACUUUGAGAAAAGAAUUUUGUACAUCAUUAAGACUGAGCUCCUCAUUGUCAGACUUCUGCCAUUCUGGUGACCUUAUAGCAUGGAAACGGUCUACUCCUAAAUCAGGAAAUUUAAAAUGAAUAAAUAAUAACUGUAUAUUUUUUAAAAUCAGGGCUAUGGGAAGUCCAAGAUGGCCACUUGACUUUUCCUGGCUCCUGACAAACCUCAUUUUCUAUUCGGUGGAUUAAAGUUUUCCCUGGCUGCAGGGCUGAUAUCCUCACAAUGAAAAGGAAAAGGUUAGAAACUGUGUUUCCCACUUGGAGUGUACUUUCUACAAUCUCCAGUGAUCAAGACAUCCACUUCACUGGACAAAUCAUACAAGCCUUAACAAAAACUUCAUGAACUUCUUGAAAUUAUCACUGUCACUAUCAUCCUCAAUCAUCAGCCAAGGUCAAUGAAACUAAUGGAAAAACUGGGCUCAAACAGAACAAAGAUUAAUUAUAUGGGAUUAAAUGAACUACUAAAUAUGACUAAUUUUUAUGACUUGUCUGACACACUACUGGCUUCUAAUCUUUGUUUUUCAGAUAUAAAAAAGCACUUUUCCUCAAGCUACUCAUGAUUUACAACAAUUUGGUAAUUUACACUGUGGUUAAAAUUAACAUAUUUUUCUUUUCUUGCUGCCUGUUUCCUCCAGAAAUUGGAGACUCUUGGGUUCAGAGCAACCUUAUCAGGUGAAUGGAAAAAACUGUCUCUUGGCAUGUGCAGAAAUCUAGAUAUUCCGGUGACCUGGAAAAGAAACAAAUUUGACCAGUAUAUGUAUAUCACAGGCAGAAUCUGAAGGCAAGCCAUUGGCAUGGCUUUCCUGGCCUUGAAAGGCCUUUUAAAAGUUCAAUCUGAGAUUCCUAAUGAAAAGUUCCAGUGCAGCCAAUUUAAAAGAGCCUAUAUGAGCAAUUACAUUUAUAUGAAUAAUCAGGCCAUGUUUAUUGAAACCAGACUUAUUUUGAACAAAUCAGCCUUAAUUUAGCUGGAUUUAGUAAAAAUGAGGAUAAUCCAGAGAGAAAAAUUAUGUUUCAAUAAUAUACGUUUGUGGAUAUUGAAGUUUUGUAUUUACUGAGGCUUUGCAUUUAUUAUCUAAGUCCAAGAUGUCUCCUUGUUGCUAUGUUACAUUAUUAUAAAGUUUAAUUGAAUUAGUAAAAGAAUAUCCUAAGCUUGUUUCUAAAGCAGAUCACAGUAAUCUAUCUUUGGUUGAAGAUCAGAUGCCCUGUGACCUACAUCUAUCUAAGAGGCUAUGCAUACUGGAAAAGACAUCAUUUAAAGGACUGUCUCCAAACUGAAUAAAAGGACUCUUAUCAGGUACUCUUAACUAGCACAUGUACAACAGAAGUGAAGGGAAUUGACUCCUGAAGUCGUAUUUCCAUUUAAGAAGGGCCUCUGCAUUGGACUGUCUACAGAAAAGACUGCUGACCCCAAAUGACACUCACAGCAGGAUGAGAAGGAGACAAUAGCAGUGGAAGACAGCUGACAUAAAAAUCUGGACCAGACUAUUGAGCUAGCUGUUUACACCCUGGAACACUACUCAUUGGCCAAGACAAACUCUGCAGGGAAUAUUUCUUUCUCAACCACAAGUGGAUCGCUAUCAUCCUUAAAGUGAUAUCAGGAGUGGAUUUUGCUUCCUCAGUUUAUCUGUAACAGUGAAUAAUUAUGGACAACACAGACACAUAUUUAUUGAACUUUAAAGGCUGUUAUUUUCAACGUUCUUUAGUUGAUGUUGACCUUGUAGAACAUUUAGAUGAUUUUGAAAUUAGAGAUGAUGAUGUGUUUAUAAUUACAUAUCCAAAAUCUGGUACAAUCUGGACUCAGCAGAUAUUAAGCUUGAUUUAUUUUGAAGGACAUCGUAACAGAAGUGAACUGGUGAACACAUGUGAUAGAGUCCCCUUCCUGGAAUACAGUGCACAAAAAGUGGACCAUGUCAACAGACCAUCCCCUCGUCUCUUCACUUCCCACCUCCCAUAUUAUUUAGCACCGAAAGGUCUCAAGAACCGAAAAGCUAAAAUUGUUUACAUCUAUAGAAACCCCAAGGAUGUUUUGACUUCAUAUUUUCAUUUUUCAAAUUGGUUAGUUACAUUUGAACCUUCCGAUAACAUAGAACAUUUCAUGAAAAGGUUUCUAGAUGGAAAAGUGAUGGGAAGCCUUUGGUUUGAUCACAUCAGAGGCUGGUAUGAACACAGACAUGACUUCAAUAUUUUGUUCAUGAUGUAUGAGGAGAUGAAGAAGGAUCUCAGAAGUUCUGUGCUUAAAAUCAGCAGUUUUCUUGAAAAAGAACUGAGUGAAGAGGAUUUGGAUGUUGUUGUGAACCAGGCUACAUUUCAGAACAUGAAACUUGAUCCACAAGCGAAUUACGAUUAUAUUCUAGAAGCUGAAAACUGGACAAGAACAAAAGAAGGAGAUUUCCUGCGCAAAGGUACCAUCGGAGACUGGAAACAUCACUUGACUGUGGAGCAAAAUGAAAGAUUUGACAGAAUAUUCCAAAUGAAGAUGAAAGAUUUUCCCUUGAAGUUCAUCUGGGAUAUAAAUGAGGAGUAGAAUCAGUGUAAAACAAUCACAUAAAAAAUCUACUAGCCAGAAAGCAUAUUUUAAAUAUACAUACUAAUUUGUGCUGCUCACAUAAACGUUAAUUAUACGACUUUAUUAAUAAGCAAAAUGAGUAAGCUGUACUUACAUUAGUUGCCAUGAGUUUGAUGGACAUUUUGAACAUUUUAAAUUAAAAUGAUUUGAGUAAUAUUCGGCAUUGGUAGCCAAUAUGACAAAAGGAAAAAUAGCAUGCACAAUGAAUUCUGCAUGUCUUUUGAUCUGAGAUUGAGAUUUCUCAAAUGAUUGAGAUUUCUGUUGAGUGUAUUUUUUUCGUUAUCUAUAAUUACAUUUAGAAUUAAUCAACAUUAAAAGUCCUUUAUUUCUUCUAAUUAAACAUUAAUUCUUUGGUUUAAAAUCAGUAUGAGUGUUGAAAUAAAGAAAACACAUGUAAA